AUGCUCAACGAAAACCUGACUACGGACAGCAGCAAAAACAGGGCGUCAAACACCACCGUGCUCACCGCAACAGACGCAAACAGUUCAACCACCCCGGUAAUACAAAAGCCCGGCGAUGCGGCCAUCGCCGGCGUCAUCCAGCUUACCGUGGCUGAGUGGUACUGGGGCGAGUCGGACCAGGACCUACGAUACCACCUCAUGGGCUUGCGAGAUAUGAUCAGAGUGCGAGGCGGCUUCAAUCAACUCGGCAUGGACGGCUUAUUGGCGAAAAACGCCAUCGUCCCACUACUACUGACUCUGUCGCCCUCGGACGACGACCUUGAAGGCGGAGGAAGCGGGUUCAAACGGUCGACGGGGUCAGCGACAGCAGGAGGAGCGGCAAACUCAACACGUCGAGUCUUGGCGACGCCAUACGCCUUCGUCGACCCUAUAAAGGACGUUCCCCUUCGCAUGGCAAACCUAUCGCCCAUGGUUACGCAUCUACCGUGCAGCGGAUCGCUCCCGUCUUUCUCCGAUUGCGCCACGAUUCUGCACAUCCACCCGGCGACGGCCUCGAUACUCGACAAUGUGAAGUACCUUCUCAGCGUCGUCGACGCCAUUUACGAUGAAGCGACGACAUUAGCAACGACGAAACCAGCCUCGCUGAAGGCCCGAGCGAUGGGAAAGUACAUGUAUGAACAUAUCAGCAGUCUUCACUCAACCACACCUGGACAUCGCCAAAGUCUGUCUUCAGAUCCCCCGACUCGAACGAGCUCGCCGCCCAAUAGCAAUUAUUCCGCCGCCUUCGAUAGAGAAUCCAUACGGAGCGGAAGUAUGUCCAGCACAGGUACGGCAGCCGGACCUGGCUCCGUUGGCCCGGGCCGAUCACCUUCGGGUCCGAAUUCCGACUCCACGACAUCCGAGUGGUCGUCAAGCAAGUCACAUACCCGAGACGCUAGCGAUUCUCCGACGAGUCCUCGAUCCGCAUACCACCAGCAGCAAAGUCCGGACUUCAUGUACCAGGUUAUCCGAAUGACAGCGUUACUUUACACGCGGGCCGUCAUGACCCGGACGCCGUUGAGCGGGACAUGCACGGAAUCAGAAUUUCUGCAGAUCUGGACGACGACAUGGCGCGUACCCCUGUCGACAUGGAACGACACGGUGGGCAUAUUUCACUGGAUUAUGCUGGCUAUCGCGCCGGCAUGCCACCGGACGCCGCACGCGCGCUUUGUGAAAAACAUGUUGACGAUCAGUACCCUCACGCUCGGAGUGGAAAACUGGGCAAUGGCUAUGGGUGCCGCGUCGACCGGCAUGCGGCUGCAGCAUUGGCUCGAGGGCCAAGACAUGGGAGAGCAGGAGGAGUAG